UAUAAGUAUAUAAAAAUACAGCAAGUGUGUAUUAACGGUGUGAAUUGUGCGUCGAAAGGGAUCUUCGAUCUUUUUUUUUAUGUGUGCUUCCAUGGCAACGAUUUUAUUAUUUCUUUUCUCGUCAUUACGAGAGUAACUCAAGCGUCAUUACGUAAUGAUAUUACGCUCAACGAUAUUAAUAUUUCUAAAGUGCAUAUUUUAAUAACAGAAUUUCCCACUUAGAAAAUAGGUUUACGUUGUGUGUGUGUGCGUGUUCAUUUUAACAUUAUAUAAUACAAGACUGUUAUAUAACUCCAAAAUAAAAUAAUGCAUUGCUUGGUGCGACCCAUUUUUGUUGCUCGAAAUCCUUCGUUGCAAGUAUAUCAGAAUUGUUUUCAUCGUUCGUCAACGAAACCGAAAGACGCAUUAGCAGCUACGAAAGAAAGAUUACUCACCAAUAACGUAAUAACUGCCUCUGUAGCGCAAUCAAUUCCGGCAGUGAAUACAACUGUGACAUCCUCGAAAGUAAUUCCACUUGUAGAAACAGCGUCAUCUGAAGUAGCGACAGAUGACAUUGAAAUUUCCGCGUCCAAAGUUGUGUCACAGACCUAUGAAGAUAAAACAUCUUUACCGUUUGAGGAGAUUCCUGGCCCGGCAAUAUUGAAGCUAUGGGAAAAAUACUGGAGAUACGUGCCACUUCUGGGUACGCAACUGUUUUCCAGUCUGCUAAUCAGCAGAUUUACUCAGGGACGAUUAUCAUGGAAUCGCAAUGUUACGCCGAUUAAAUAUUUGUUCGACGAAUAUGGAUGUCUUGUGCGAAUCAAUGGGCCGCUUGUGAAUGACAUAGUUAUGAUUCACAGGCCUGAACAUAUAGCGGAAGUUUUUAAGCAGGAGAGCAAGUCUCCCGUUCGUAGUGGUAUUGACGUUCUUCAACACUACCGUCUUAAUUACCGCAAAUACCGCUCUGCUGGAGCAUUUUCUCUGCAAAGUUUGGAGUGGUUGGAAAUAAAGGAAAAAGUUGAUCAGCCGUUGCACGAUACCAUUUCAAGUUACGUCGGAAAACUGGAUUCAGUGUGCGGCGAACUUGUUAGAAAAAUUCGUACUAUACGUAACCGACAGGAUGAGGUGCCACAGAAUUUUCACCAAGUACUCACUGCAUGGGGUAUGGAAUGCUUCUACAUGACCAUGUUCGACAAGCAUCUUGGUUUUCUAGAUUUUAAUUCGAAAUCAACAUCCGAAACCACAAAGAUUAUUGAUGCGUUAAUAACCGCGCACACAUACAUGAAUCGUUGCGAAACCGGAUUUCAGGUGUGGCGAUUCUUCAAAACUCCAUUUGUCAAAAAACUAUUUGCAGCUUGCGAUGUUCUUGAUGAAAUUAUUGGAAAACAUAUUCACCAAAUGCACAACAAACUUCAAACGUUGUCGUUGUCGAAACAAGAAAAAUCCACAAAAGAACCGAAAUCUUCGUCGUUGCUCGAAAAGAUGAUGCUCCAACGUAUUCAUUCGGAUGACAUUUCUACUCUGUUGAUGGACAUGAUGAUUCUGGGCGUUCAGGCUGUCGUCAAUUGCGAAGCAUUCCUACUUUAUUUCUUAGCAAAAAAUCCUAGAGUACAAAAAUUACUAUAUAAUGAAGUAACUUCUGUUUCGUCUAAAACCGGAUCUACUUUAACGAAGGAAAGUUUAGACAAAAUGCCAUAUUUAAAAGCAUGUAUAAAAGAAAGCCUUAGAUUACGACCUGCAUUUCCUUAUUUAACGAGAUUGUUACAAUCAACAAUUUCACUACAUGGAUAUACAAUACCAAAGGGAACUUUCGUCAUAAUGGCGAAUCAAAUAACAUCACAACGCGAGGAACAUUUUGAAGAUCCUGAAAAAUAUCGUCCAGAAAGAUGGUUAAAUCAGGACAAGGACGAGUAUAAUCGUUAUCAGAAAUAUUCGUGUCUACCCUUUGGACACGGCGUACGAUCCUGUCUGGGAAAAGAUAUGGCUGAAACACAAAUGAUGUUGCUUACCGCAAAACUGAUCCGAGAAUUUACUAUCGAAUACGAUUACGCUGAUAUUCGAAGUCGAUUUGUUAUGAUAAAUGUGCCAAAUAGACCGUUACGUUUUCGAUUUGUGGAUAAAAAUUAAAAGAUUAUUUCCCGAAAUCAUUAAAACAUAACAAGUACGUAAUUUUAUUUGAGAUUAAGAUAUAUCACGCAAAUAAGUUUUUAAUCUUAUUAAGAUUAAAGUGUUAU